AUGUAUCACAGUAUUGUAAUCCAGCUUAUCCUCCUAUUGCUCAUUUAUUACAUAUAUAGCCAGAAGAAGAGGUACCAAAAGAUAAUAAAUCAUUUGGAAACUACAAAUAAAGAGUUUUCCUUAAAGAAUACAAACUUGAAGAAAAUCAAUUUUAAUAAUUAUAUUACCAUAACCAAAAACUCAUAUCAAAUCACAAAAUUAAAUUCAAAACUCAAUAAAGUUACAACUAGUUAUAAUAAUCAUUUAAAUUUCAUCUAUUCGUCUUUUAAAUCAAAAUUGAAGCUAAUGAAUAAUUCUUUAACCAAAUCUCAAAAUACAAUUCAAAAUUUGUUAAAUGAAAAUAAUUUAUUAAAAUUGAAGUUUGCUCAGUUAAACUCACUAACAACUGAUUUAAAUGAAAACUUGGUAAUUUUAUCAAAUGAAAUUUCAAAAUCUUCAAACUUGGAUAAAAUUAAUACAAAUAACAAUAUUAUUAAUAAUAAAAUUUAUGAAAAAAUUAAUUUAAAACAAAUAAAUAAACCAAGUGGAGAAAUUAAAUUUGAAAAUGAAAUUGACAAUGAAAUGGACGAUGAAAUAGCCUCUUUAUAUUUGUCUGGAGAUGAAUCAAAUAUAUCCAUAAACACAGCUGAAACUAGAUCAACUGCUUUCUCUUCUACAAAUCAUAAACCCAAACUUAUAAUUAUAUCUAACAAAAGUUCAAGAAAAAAUUCAGAUGUUGAAUCUCCUUUGUCUCUUGUUUCAAAUACAAAUAACCCAAAUUACAUUAAAUUUAAUCAGAAAAAACCUCAACUAGAAAAUCUUCCUGAAGAUGAAUCUGUUCCAAUCAACGAUGUAAAACCUUUAACUACAAUAUCAAACUUGAACUCUAUUUCAGAUUCAAAUUUAAUUUCAGCUCCAACAUCAAAUCAACUGCAAUAUCCAUUGUCAAAUACAACAUCAAAGGCUACAUUAACUAUUGUAUCAGACGAACCAUCUGGACUAAAUAAAAAUUUUCCUCCUGCUUCAAAUCCCAAGUCAAUUGAACGAUCUUCAAAUUCUAUAUUGAGCUUGGAUUUACCAAUUUUUAGUAAUAUUUUUGAUCAAAAUACAGGGAAUACUAAUAAAAGUACUGGUAAUAAUAUUGACACUAAUAACAAUUCGGAAAAUUCUGGAGUUUUAGUGCAGACAACUACUCAACCUAUAUACUACCCUAGUCCUAAUUUGAAUGAAAAAAACAAAGAUUCACUCCAUUUUAUCAGUUAUCCACACUCCUUCAGCAAAUCAACACCUGAUUUUCAUCAAUCUGGUAAUUCAGUUAAUGACAUUAUCAAGGGACAUGAAAGUAUUUGUUCUUCAAUUUCAGCCUCAACUAUCUCUGAUCCUAAUUUUUUUAAAAGUAAUGUAUUGAAAAUCAGUGUAAUGGAGCCAUUAUCAUCAACCGACUCAUGGUUUGAUAUCGAUAACAAAAAUACUAUACAUCUUAGGAGCAAAGAUUCGAUAAGUUCAAUUAACCGUUUUAAUUCAAAAAAUCAUAAAAUCAUUUCAAGAGGUAAUUCACAGUUAUCUCAGUUAUCUACAUUAAGCAAUAGUAUAUCAAAGUAUAUGACUUUAACCGAUAUUAAAUUGUUAAACGAAGAUGAAUUAAAUGAAAAUGAUAAUGCUCUGGAAUUCUCCAUUGAUGUUUUAAAAACAUUUGAUCAAGUUAUUGAAAAAUGCAAUAGUAAAGAGCGCUUAACAAUGGGUAAAAAUUUUGAAAAUAAUAAAAGUAAGUUAAUUCUGAGUAAUGAAAUAGAUGUUACACAGGAAAUUCAAGAUUUCAUUAAUAGUAGCAAGCAAUUUAAAGAGUUUUCAGAAUCUGGAUUUUUGUUAAAUAAUUAUAUCCGCGGCAGCAAUAUCAAUAUAAAUGAGACUGAAAUUGGUAGUGAAGAUAUUAGUGAUGAUGCAAAAAUUGAUGCAAAAAUUGAUGCAAAAAUUGAUGCAAAAGUUGAUGCUAAAAUUGAUGCUAAAAUUGAUGCUAAAAUUGAAAUUAAAGCUGAAACUGAAACUGAAACUGACAAAAACCAUAAAGUUAGUAAACCUAUGGAAAAUCAUUUAUUUAGUAUGAACAGCUUCAAUUUUUCGGACGAAAAUAUCAGUAAUAAUCAUGGAUAUAAAGUUGAUAAUCAUUCGACCUUUGGAAGCUCUCUUGGUAAUAAAAAACAAAGGAGAGUUUCAUUUUUAGCAGCUCCAAAAGUCAAUAUAAUACCAGAUAAUGAGUUUAUUAGAUAUACUAAUGAUGAUUAUGAGUAUAAUUACACCAAUAAUCAUGGGUGCAAUCAUAAUGGUACCAACGACAAUAAUAUUAUUGUUGGGGAUAUUGAUAGCAAUGAAAAUAAUACAAAGAGAUAUUCCUUUACGGAUAUUGAUAUUAGUAGCCCCGAUGAAGUUCAGAUCCAUUUAAAUAAUCAAUUAAAUAUGUUAAAAAAAUUUGAGAGUGAUAAUCAUCAAAAAAGCCAAUCCCUUUGUUUAGAAGAUUUUUUCAAUAAAAAUAGCGAGGAUUAUGUUAAUUAUAAUAUUCCCAAAAGCAAUAAAUUAUUAACCAAAAACAAUGCGCAGACGUUAAUAACCACCAAUGAUAAAGCAAUGAUACUAAGGCAAAAUAAUUAUAAGGAGAGAAAUGAUAUUGAUAAUUUCUUGUUUAAUGGGGAAAAAAGUGAUAAUUCUCAUAACUUUAAGGAACUUACACAAAAUAGACACAACAAUUCACGAUUAUCUUUUAGUUUGAAUGAGAUCUCUAAAUUUUCAAGAUUUAGUAGAAACAUGGAAACAGUUCAAAACAUGACUGAAAAUGUGGGAACCAGUGAUAAAAAUGGUAAUAAGAUUCUCAACAAUGGUACUGCCAAACUUAGUAAAAAACGAGGGUUACAUACUCAUCAAAAAACGUUGUCACUUUUUCACGAUUUAUUACUUAUCAGCAAGAAAGGAUUGAAUGAAAAAGACCAGCCAGUGUCCAGUGAAAAGACAAUAGAGGUUGAAAAAGAAAAGGAAAAAAAGAAGGAAAAGAAACACAGCAGAAGCUCUGAAAAUUUGACUAAUUUUUUAAAAAAAAACACCAAAAGUAAUUCCAAUAGCCGUGAUGAUAGAUGUCCUGCAAACAGUAGAGAUAAAAUUAUGAUUAGUAAACCCCAGCUAAUGUCAACCACGGUUACUUACAAUAAUAAGUUGGUUGACCGAGAAAAGAUUAUGAAUAUGGGGAGCAAAACUUGUUGA